UUUCUUAUCUUCAACACCGAAUAUUUGAAAUAAAAAAUUCCACUUAUCUGUUCAGAAAGUUCUUCAAAAUUGCAGGUUCGAUAACGUUCAUUGAGCAGUAUGAAAUUUUUCACUACACUUGUUCUUGUUAUUUUGAAUGCUGCUGCUGUACUUUCGCAGCAAGUGAAAUGCUACAAUUGUGUCGUCACCGUAAAUACUGCUGAUUAUGUGGAGUGCAAGACAUUGAGCAGCGUGAAGGAAAUAACAUGUCCUGCUGGAUCUGUAGGCUGUGCUGUUAUCAGAGACCACCCCAAAGGUCAAUUUGCGGAAUUUAGGAGGGAGUGUAUAGAAAAAAAGUUCGCUACCAGAACUAAUAACACUUAUUGCGAAACGAAGAAAAAAACUGAUACGGAUCCGAAAUAUUUCAGCUGCAUCACAUGUCAAGGAAAUGGUUGCAAUAAAAUUCUCCUGAAGUAGUUUUACAAUUUCA